GGAGGUAUAAUUUUGACAACAUUAAAUUUUGGCAAAUUAUGUGUCUCGACAGAUCUAAAAUAAAAAAGAAAUAUAUUGGAAACUAAUUAUGUAUCCUUACAAAAGAAAAAAUAUAUUUUUUUUGUAUUAUUAUGUAUCUCGACAGAUUCAAAAUUGAAAAAAAUAUACGGUGAGUUAAUUAUAUAUCUUGAAAAGGAAAAAAUGUAUUUUCGUUGGAUAUAUCGAGAGUCAAUUCUAUAUUUUUAUAAAGGAAAAAUAUAUCUUGUUGAAUGUAUUAAAAGUUAAUUAUGUAUCUCGAUAGAUGUAGAAUCAAUUUUUUUUUAGUAAUUAUAUAAAAUAUCAAAAUUUUCAAUAAUUAAAUUUCAAACUGUGUGAAUUUAUGUAGUUUGCACUAGUUAUAAUCCGGCUAGAACACUUUCAAAGGAUCAAACAACCGCUUUCACAAUUCGGGUCAAACCCGAACAAAUGCUCCGUUUACUUCACCGCGUUAAAAUUCCGGCGGGUUGCCGCCGAUGUAUGAGCACCAAAACAACUGUAAUGGGCUUUGGUGACGGAAGCCACGGUGCAUUGGGCCUACCCGGGUCCAUAAUUGGAAUGGGCUCCGACGCUUACGAGCCCACUCCAAUUCCGGGUCUCCCACCUGACGUCGUUUCAAUCGCCGCCGGGCAUUUUCAUUCACUUGCUGUUACUUCUGAGGGAGACGUUUGGAGUUGGGGAAGGAACAAGGAAGGCCAGCUUGGUCGUCAUCCUCUUUCUCUUAGAGAAGCAUGGAAUGAACCAAAAAGAGUAGAAGGACUAAAUAAAGUGAGAGUUCAAGCCGCAUUUGCAUCAGGUGUCAUUUCUGCCGCCGUAGGAGAUGAUGGAUCUCUGUGGGUUUGGGGAAGUUCUAAGCGUGGACAACUUGGUCUUGGCAAAGGAAUCACCCACGCUGCAUUACCUUCCAAAAUUGAAACACUUCCUGGAGAAGAGAUUGUUAAGGUCUCAUUAGGUUGGGGACAUGCUCUUGCGCUAGGUAAGAAUGGGAGUUUGUUUGGCUGGGGAUACUAUGCAGAUGGUAGAAUCGGCAAGAUAGGAAGAGAGUUAGAGAUAUCUCCACUGGAAUCAAAUAGUACUAAACUAAGAUCAAGAGAAGAAUUUUCAGCAAUUGAAGCUGCUGAGAAGUCUGUCAUGGAAGCUAUCGAGAAGGAAAAGGAUAUGCCUAUAAUAUGGGAGCCCGGGUCAAUCGAGGAGUUAGACGAGUUAAAAGUUGCAGAUGUAGCUUGCGGACUUGAUCACUCUCUUGUCCUUUGCCGUGAUGGAACACUGUUUAGUGGCGGAAGCAAUGUGUAUGGCCAGUUAGGAAGAGCGAACAAAGACUUGGGAAUGCAACCCGUUGACAUAGAGCUCCAUCCUCUCUCUAUAGCUUCGGGUUUAGGUCAUUCUUUAGCAGUUUGCAACGAUCCCUCAUCAGAACCAACCGGAGAUGCAACAAGUGUCGUAUCAUGGGGAUGGAACCAAAGUUCUCAACUUGGAAGGGAAGGUCCAGCCAACAUUCCUAACGUUGUUGAAGGGCUGGCUGACAAGACACCUGUUUCUGUAUCGGCAGGACGGGCACAUUCCCUUGCUCUCACAGCAAAGAAAGAGGUUUGGUCUUGGGGCUCCGGGAGGAACGGGAGGCUUGGAUUAGGCAGCUCAGCUGAUGAAGCGGAGCCGAUGUUGGUUGAAUAUUUAGAAGGCACUGAAGUCAUUCAAGCUGUUGCAGGACUGGAUCAUAGUCUUGUUCUAGUUGCUGAAUAAUGCCACGUGAGAAAUACAUAAGUCGUACACUCUACCCUCCCCAGACCCCACUUAUCGGACUACACUGGGUACGUUCUCUGUUGUUUUAGAUAACAUUAGAAUUUUAUAAACACCAUCAAGAAAUAAAUGUCUGCUUUCAAGACAAAUUGUUCUCAA